GCCGGGCCGAGCGCCGCGUGAGCCGCGCGUCGAGCACACGCUCGCGCUCCAGCUCCCCGCCUUCGCUGUUCAUGACCGACAGUGUCCUCUGGCUGCAGCCUCAGCCAGACCCCGCCGCAGGCCCGCUGCCUGUUCCCCGCCGCCGCCGCCGCGAGGGCGCCAAGCGUAGGAAGGCAGGCGCGGUGUGUGCCCCGCCCAGCCCACGACCCCUGCCCGCUACCGGCUGCCCGGCCCAGCUGGCACCAUGCUGCCCGCGCGCUGCGUCCGCCUGCUUACGCCCCAUUUGCUGCUAGUGUUGAUGCAGCUGUCCCCAGCUCGCGGUCACCGCACCACGGGCCCCAGGUUUCUCAUAAGCGACCGUGACCCUCAGUGCAACCUCCACUGCACCAGGACUCAACCCAAACCCAUCUGCGCAUCCGACGGCAGGUCCUACGAGUCCAUGUGUGAGUACCAGCGAGCCAAGUGCCGAGACCCGAACCUGGGUGUGGUCCACCGGGGGCGGUGCAAAGAUGCUGGCCAGAGCAAGUGUCGCUUGGAGCGGGCUCAAGCCUUGGAGCAGGCCAAGAAGCCUCAGGAGGCUGUGUUUGUCCCAGAGUGUGGUGAAGAUGGCUCCUUUACCCAGGUGCAGUGCCAUACCUACACAGGGUACUGUUGGUGUGUCACCCCGGAUGGGAAGCCCAUCAGUGGCUCUUCUGUGCAGAAUAAAACUCCUGUAUGUUCAGGUAUCGUAGGGAGGAGCGGGAAGAAUGAAAAGAGUUGGAAAAAAAAACCCCUUGAUUGGUCUCCUGCGUCUCAUUGGGGAUUGUUAAAAGGUUCAGUCACCGACAAGCCCUUGAGCCAGGGUAACUCUGGAAGGAGAGAUGACGGGUCUAAGCCAACACCCACGAUGGAGACCCAGCCCAUGUUCGAUGGAGAUGAAAUCACAGCUCCUACCCUAUGGAUUAAGCACUUGGUAAUCAAAGACUCCAAACUGAACAACACCAAUAUAAGAAAUUCAGAGAAAGUCCACUCAUGUGACCAGGAGAGACAGAGCGCCCUGGAAGAGGCCCGGCAGAAUCCCCGUGAGGGCAUUGUCAUCCCUGAAUGUGCCCCUGGGGGGCUCUAUAAGCCAGUGCAGUGCCACCAGUCCACUGGYUACUGCUGGUGUGUGCUGGUGGACACGGGGCGCCCGCUGCCUGGGACCUCCACACGCUAUGUGAUGCCCAACUGUGAGAGUGACGCCAGAGCCAAGAGUGCAAAGAUGGAGGACCCCUUCAAGGACAGGGAGUUGCCAGGUUGUCCAGAAGAGAAGAAAAUGGAAUUCAUCACCAGCCUCCUGGAUGCCCUCACCACCGACAUGGUUCAGGCCAUUAACUCAGCAGCACCCACUGGAGGUGGGAGGUUCUCAGAGCCAGACCCCAGCCAUACCCUGGAGGAGCGAGUGGUGCACUGGUACUUCAGUCAGCUGGACAGCAACAGCAGCAAUGACAUCAACAAGCGGGAGAUGAAGCCCUUCAAGCGCUACGUGAAGAAGAAAGCCAAGCCCAAGAAAUGCGCCCGGCGUUUCACCGACUACUGUGACCUGAACAAGGACAAGGUCAUCUCACUGCCUGAGCUGAAGGGUUGCCUGGGUGUCAGCAAAGAAGGUAGCCUUGACAGCUUCCCCCAGGGGAAACCAGCAGGCUCAAACCCAUUCAUAGGACGCCUUGUCUAAGGAGCAGAAAAUCCAAGGGCGGUGGAAAGUCCAAGGAGGCCAGAUGGACCACCAGACACCUAACUAACCUUCAGCGCGGCCCRUGGCCAGCAACAUCCCGUGUAACAUAAGUGGUGCCCACCAUGUUUGCACUUUUAAUAACUCUUCUUUGCGUGUUUUGUUUCUGGUUUCAUCUGUAAACAACCAAUAUCUAAUACCAAGUGGGAAGAGGAAAGGGAAGAAAGACUUGAUUCUCUCUCUCUCAUCGUAAGUUUUUGGAUCUGCUACUGACAACUUUUAGGUUACUGGGGGGAGGGGUGUUGUUGGGACUGAGAAGAAAGAGAUUUAUAUACUGUAUAUAAAUAUAUAUGUAAAUUGUAUAGUUCUUUUGUACAGGUGUUGGCAUUGCUGUUGAUUCCUUCCCCUCCUUCUCCCAGUCGUGGGUGCUCUGGACUUUCAGUCCACCUAUCUAGAACCUAGGACUUUGUCUUCUUCCAACCCAGAUUCCAUGGAGGCCGGCCCUUGUGUGUCCGUGGACAAGAGCUCUGCACUUGCUUUGCAAAUGCCACUGGCUCUCAUCAGGUGGGAGGAAUGUACUGCCCCAUGCCAUUAGCUGCCAAACUUGGCAAGUCACCGGGCCCUUGGCCUCCUCAAGGGAGGCUGAGUUGGAGAGACAGGCAUCGCCCCUGGAGAGGAGGGAAGUCCAGUUCUCACAUGGCCCAAGUGUUCCUGCUAACCAGAUCCCCAGGGAGCCCAGGAUCAAUGGGCACCCUGGUAUCUUAGUGAUUCACUGAGCAAAUUAUCCUCUGAGGAUUUGCAUUAGGUCAGUUUAAACAUUCUAUAUGGAUUUAGCACCUACUCCAUGUAGUGCAUGAGGAGGGAGGUGAAGAAGAAAAGGAUGUACCGCUGGGCCUUUUAUUUAGUAUGUUUGAUACCUGAGAAACCCAGGGAAGAAGACAGAAAGCCUGCCGUGCAAUGGGGUGCCCACUCUCCUGCCACGCGCAGAUGAGGCUCCCGAGCGAGCGUGGCUCUCAUCCUUGAGGUCACUUUGGGUUUUUACCUCCUCUCUCCUCCCACUGUGGUCCUCAGUGAUUAUCACAAGCUCCCAGGCCUAUAAGUCAUUUCCAGAAGUAAAGCAGAUCUUGGGUGUUCAACUUCUGUCUUGCCCAGAAGGGCAGGAGCAAUGACCAGUUAUGGGAAUCCAGGUAUACCUUUCCAGAAUGCUACCAGGAUUCCAGAUGGGCUGCCCAGCCCUUGGGGCAGAUGCGCAGCUUCCUCUGCCCAGUUGAUGUGCCCUCAGAGCUGCAAGUGAUACUUGGCACCUCUUCCCAUGGACAAAUGUGGUGACAGUGAGGGCUGUCACGUACCGUAGCCCAGGACUGUUGCCCUCAUCCAAUUGCUCUUGGCCAUCUGGCCUCAUUUUGUAUUUCAUCCUGGGUGGAUCUGUCUUGUAUUCCAUUCCAUAAGUGCACCUGUCUUGGCAAACUAUUUUCCAUUUUGGGUACGGAAGGCAUUGGCCCCAAAAGCACUCCCUAGUGGGGGAGUGUGGCCUCUUGGGACUGGAUCUGAUGGGGUCUCAGGCUAGAGAAAGUUCUUGCUGUACUGAAGAAAGUCAUAGAGGUUGUCUCAAGGACAGCCAGUGGCCCUGUCCUGACCUGGCAAAGUGAAACAGAAGCCCUCUCCUACAACCUCGACCAGAAAACAGCAUGCUGGAGCUGGAUGGACCUUGCAGGAGACCCCAGCCUCAUUUGCUGGCUGGAGGAAGCAUGCACACACGGAGAAGGCGCCUCCUUGUAGGAAUGCAGACUCUUCCCAGCCACCUUCUCUCUCACAUUUGUGCACAGGCCGUGUUGCGUGGUUUUCCUUUG